UUUCUCGGAACCUUCGUCGCAGUCACGUCGUCGGCGAAUGUCCCGUUCUGCAACAAUAUAUCGAUAUCAUCAGUCGAAGAGGCAGAUCGUAGAAAAUGCUGUAGAAAUUGUCUCGACAGGUAUGUGCAAUGUUCGCGUCAAUGAGCCGAGAGUAAUGCAGACCGAACUGUUCAUCGGUGCGAUUCCAGCUUUCGCUUUGUAAUUUAUUGUUAUGACGUAAUCGAUCGAGAGCAACAGAUCGUGAUCCAGUGUGAUCGCUACGGAUUUUCAUUGACUUUGGAUAUUGAUAACGUGAUUUAAUGAUGUUUUCACUAUUGUGCAUAAGUAUUUUAUUAUUUGCGUGCGAUGCGGCAAAUCCUCGGUGUAAGGAUGAAGAUAAUCGAAAUGUCGAUUGGUACGUACUUUACAAGUUGCCGAAGGUCUCGGAAAGCAGCAAUUCUGUCAUUAGGAACGGACUAGCAUAUUUAUAUAUGACCAGUAAUACUGUUGAUAAGGGCUGGCAAUUAUCCACGAAAAAGAUCAGCGCGAAGAAUUCUAUACCGGGAAAUACCUUAGCACCUUUAUACAAUGACUCAGAGGCAUCGAAGACUUUCUGGAUCUUGUACAAUGACGAUCCGCCUAACAGACCUAUCAAUGGAAAAUAUGGUCAUGCAAAAGGCGCCAUGAUGGCGAACAACAAACAGGGUUUCUGGUUAAUACACAGCGUUCCUAAUUAUCCGCCUCUACCUAACAGCGGUAACGACACAAGACGAAGAAAUGUUGAAGAAGAUUUGACUCCGGGAAAUCGGUCUGAAUAUGAUUAUCCGUCAUCUGGGGAGAAUUAUGGGCAGAGUUUUCUAUGUAUCUCCGUGGACAGCGAUCAAUUCGAUUCGAUCGGUCAACAAUUCAUGUACAAUCAAAUAAUAAUAUAUCGAAGAAACAUCCUCAACACGUUCGUCACGACGUUUCCGAAUCUCACGGCCGCGGCUAUGCAGAAGCGUAUUAGAAAAGCACCUUUCACCAGUAAAACGCUGUUGAAAUCAUCUGGCGGCGUUGAAUUUGUAUCGUUUGCUAAGAGUGACAAAUGGCAGAAAGAUUUGUAUGAACAGUUCGUUGCGCCGACGUUGAAAACAGAUUUAUUUGCCGAAACAUGGUUAAACGGACGGGGUAGACUACCAUCGGACUGCGAAAAAGUGAAAGUGUACAACGUCGUAUCCAUUCAUUUGAAGUCGGUUGAUAUUGAUUUUACGAGCAGCCGCGAUCAUUCCAAGUGGGCAGUGGCUGUUGACGGUAAAAAUAAUCGAACUUGGACCUGCAUUGGUGAUAUCAACCGAGCAGACACUCAAUAUGUACGAGGCGGUGGAACUGUUUGUAUCAACGAUCAAAAGGUUUGGGAAAAUUACCGAAAAGCGGUGAAUGACAUGGAACCAUGUCCUAAGCAAUAUAAAGCCGUUUUAGUUUAACGAAUUUCUUGAAUCUUUCUUUUUGACUCAGGCACUAUUAGAUACUAAAAGAACCAAUAAUUUUAUUCUUAAUGCAUAUAUAUUCAUUAUAUAAUUGUAUUGAUAUAUUUAUAAUUCGCAUGUGAAUUAUAGAAAUAUUGCGUGCAAUAAUGAAAUAGAGAUAAUGCAAUAUUCGAUAUACUAUACGAAAUAAUAUAUUUUUAAAGAAAAUAUGUUAUAUAUGUUUGCACUGGUAGAAUAAAAGCAAGAUUAUAAAAA